GUUGCCAUUAUUAUUUAUGCUGCUUAUAGAGCCUGUGAGCCCAACACAUACCGAGACAGGAAGUCAACUCGCUUCCCUUGACCUGGACUCGACAGCUUCUGCCAUACCUGAGCAGAGGCCGCACAUGUAGGCAAAACUCAUGGCUUGAGAAUUUUUGGCCAAAAUGAGAAACAUAUGUCCAGAAACCGGGUUCGGAGCGUUGGCCCCGACCAGCGAGAAUGCAGUCUAGCACGCGCAAACAGGGUGCAGGUCAGGGCGGCGAGGCGGGAUUGCUUGCUGUUACAUCGCGGCAGCCACUGCAGCCCAGCGACACCAACCAGCUUGUCCUCCAAGCCGCGCGCGUGGCCAUCCAUGUCCGUCCGCGCUCGCCCCGUCUUUCCCCGACCAGCUACAUCCCACUCGACACCAGCUGGAGCGCUUGGAGCCCCACACGGCAUGAGGGUAAAGCAGCCACAGCCGCCAUAUCGCUUGGGCCCGACGUACAAGCCCUGCAGCAGCCUGCAAUUAGCGCGGAUAGUGACGGCACACAUGCGUCGGCGGCAGCUGGAUCCCCAGGGGCCGCGGUGCGUCAGACCCCGGCGCCGGCGGCAGCAGCCACCAGGCCAGCUGCAGCUGUCUCGGGCGUAGGAGCCGGCGGCGCAGGGGAGCGGCUGCUUGCAGACCUUAUGCCGUCUCUGGCGCAGGACCCGUCUUUCAACUUCGGCCACGGCGCCCCAGCGAAGGGGCGGCACAACGUGCCCUCCUACCCCAACAGCAACCCCAGCAGCCACGCAGCAGCCACAGCACCAAAAGAACACGCCUUCACAGCCACAUCCGCAUCCAAUGCGGCCUCGCCCGGCCCAGCCGCGCCGCUGCUUGCCGCGUCCUGGGCAUCUGGGGUGUGGCCGUCCGCCGCCGCCGGCACGGUAGAAACCCUGCCCGACGCGGAGGAGGAGGCGCGGCGGGCGCGGCGGCGGCACCGCAAGCGCGUGGCGCGCAUUGUGGUGGACCACUGGAAGGCCUUCGCCGCGGCCCGGCUGAGGGCGUUGGCGGCCAAGAGGCACUACCGCAAGCGGUUGCUGACGGCGGCGCUAGUGUCCUGGCAGGCGGUGGCGGUGGCGGCGCGUGUGAAGCUGCGGCAGGCGGCGGUGCACGACCUGAAGCGGGUCUUCCUCAGCCUGGGCCGCUGCGUGCAGGCAUGGCACGUGGUGGCGGCACGUGAGGCUGAGCUGCGGGGGCUGCAGGCGCGGGCGGAGGAGGCGGUGGCGGCGCGGCGGGCGCGCGCGUGCCUGCGGGCGUGGCGGGGCCGGUGCCACUACGCGGCGGACAAGAAGCGGCGGGAGCUGCAGGCCUGGUUCUACUGGAGUUUUUCUACCCUCACACGGGCGAUGCGCAAGUGGCACGCCUGGGCGCGGGAGCGCCGCCGCAAGGCGCACCGCGCGUCACGCGCUGACGCAGCCCACCUCUCCGCGCUGGGUCGCAAAGCCUUUGCUGGCUGGCGCCUGCGCCUGGCGUACCGGGGCUGGAAGGCGCAGGCGUUGGAGCGGGCGGCGGUGUUUGGGAGGAGGUGGAGCCUCUGGCGGGCGCUGUGCGGCUGGCGGCGGGCGGCGGUGGCGUGCCAAGGGGCGCGGGCGGCGGCGUGUGCAGCGCUUGAGGGGGCGGCGGAGCGCUCGGUGGUGGCGCAGCUGCGUGGCUGUCUGGCGGAGUGGCGGGCGUACGCGGCUCAGCGGCGGCGCCGGGCGCAGCGUGGCCGCUACGCGGAGGCCUACCUGCGGCGCUGGCGGCAGCUGCUGCUGCUGUGGGGCUGGCGGCAGGGCAUUGGCCGGCAGCGGCACCUGCGGCGCUGCGAGAUGGUGUUUGCACAGGUGGGCCAGCGGCUGCGGCUGGGCCUGGCCUGGUCCCGCUGGCAGGGCGCGGUGGCGUUGCUGCAGGGCCAGCGCACCGCGGAGCUGCGGGCGCUGGUGCUGCUGCGGGCUGGCUGGGGCACCUGGCGGGCGGUGGUGGAGCACGUCGCCGUCAAGCGGGAGCUGCUCGCGGUUGCCCGCAAGCGGGUGGGGCUGGUGAAGCUGCGGGCGGCGAUGGCGGAGUGGCGCUCCCGCACCGCGCACUGGCGGCGGAAGGCGGAGCACAGGGCGGCGGCGGAGGCGCGGCACCGGCGGCGGGCGCUGGGCAAGCUGGUGGCGGGCUGGCGGCGCGAGGCGGCGCGCCUGGCUGCCAAGGCCGCGGCGGCGGAGGCGGCGGUGCUGCACUGGGCGUGGCGGCGGCUGAGCGGCGCGUUCAAGGCGUGGCGUCGAUACGCCUGGCGGCGGUGCAUGAAGAUUGAGGCGCCGGCGCGCUACCGGUCGCGGCUGACGGCGACCGCGCUGGCGAGCUGGGUGCGGCACACGCGCUACAAGGCCGAGAAGGAGCUGAAGCGGCGGCGGGCGGUGCGGCACAGGUACUUGGCGCUGCUGCGGACCGGCCUUCGAGCCUUCCGUGCGGCAGUGGAGCGCCGGAGAGCCAAGCUGGCUGACUGGGCUGACCUGGCGCUGCUGCACCACCGCCACGUGGCUCGGGCCCUGCUGGCGGCCUGGCGCCGACAGCUGCUGCCCGCGGCGGCGGCCAAGCGGGCGGCGCGGCGGGGCGCGGAGCAGCACUGGCGCGCGGGGCUGCUGCGCCGGGCUUGGCGGGCGUGGAGCGCAGAGGCGCGGCGGCUGCGUGAGAAGCAUGAGGGCGUUCGGCAGGCUCGCGGCUACUACUCGCUGCGGCUGCUGCGCCGCGUGCUGGCGCGCUGGGCCGCUGCCGCGCCGCUGGCGGAGGCGACCCGGGCGGCCAAGGCGGCGCGCCUGUCAGACGCGAGGGCCCGGCUUGCGACGCACACACGGGCCCGGCUGCUGGCGGCGUGGCGGGACGUCACGUCCGACCUCAUUGUAAAGCAUCUGCUGGAGGCGCGCGCGACACGGCUGUGGCGCGGGCGGCUGCUGGGGUGGGCGCUGACUGCCUGGGCGCUGUUCGUCGCGGCACGCCGGAAGCGCCACCUGCGUGAGGCACAGGCCACUGCCGCCUACCGGCUGCGUGCGUGGCGCGGAGUGCUGGUGGCGCUGGCGCUGAACGCGCGGCGGCGCCGGGGCAAGCGGCGGCAGGCGGCGGUUGCCGAGGAGCACCGGCGCACGGGGCUGCUGCGGCGGGGGGUGGCGGCGCUCGCCUGGUACGCCCGCUACCGCGCGGUCAAGGCGCAGGGCUACGCGGCCGCGCGGCAGGGCUACGGCCGGCGCCUGGCGCGGGAGGGCGCCGCGCUGUGGCUGCAGGUGGGAACGGAGCGGCGGCGGCGGCGCAUCCAGGAGCUGGCGACUGUGCAGGCGCACAACAUUGCCCGGGAGCUAGCGAUUGUGGAGCCCUUCGCGCGGCGCUGGCUGUACGCCGUGCGGCAGCGGCGGCGCGGACGGCUGCUGGAUGCGGCGGCGGCCGUGGGCGGCCGAGCCGGGGCGUUGUGGGGCGGCGGCGGGUCCGGCGGCGGCUAUCCGUAUGGAGGUGUCGGCGGCGACGCGUCGGGCGCAGCGCUGGUGGCGGCCGCAGCGCCGGUAUUGCGCCGAGAGGGGCUGUGGGCGGGAGGCAAUCCGUAUCUGGCAUUGGGGCUUGGGCGUUCCGUGGGCGCUCAGCAGCAGCAGCAGCCGCUGGAGCAGAGGCAGCGCUACGGCGGCGCCCGGGCCUUUGCACCAGCAGCAACAUCAGUAGCACCAGCAGUAGCAACUGCAGUGACCGCAGUAGCAGUAGCAAGCUCACGUGUUGGGCAGCAGGCCGGGCUGCUCAGCCCGGGCUUGGUGCCGCCGCCCUCCAGCCGCCGCCCGCCACCGCGGACGCCACCUGCAGUGCAUGUGGAGCGAGCGCGUGCGCUGCAGCUGCAGUUACAAAAGGAGCAGCACCAGCAGCACCACCAGGAGCACCAGCACCAGCACCACUUCCAUGUUGAACAGGGCCAGGCGCACCAUGCAGCAGCAGCAGCGCUUUUGCUGCCGGGGGGAUCGCUGGCAGGAGCGUCGGCCGCGGCCAGCGAUAAGCAGCCCAGCCAGACAGCCCGCCGCUCCCGCCCCGCCCCCAGAUGCCCCGACUUCCUGCGGCCGGCGUCGUCGCGACCCGCCACCGUGGCAGGCACCGGUGCAGAUGCCGGCAGCAACGGCAGCAGCCCGAUGUUGCGGGGCGGGCAGCAGCAGCUGGGGCAAGGGCGGAUGGAGGGCGCGGCUGCUGUGGCAGCGGCUGGCAACUCGGCGGGCGGCGGGGCUGCUAACGCUGUGGGGCUGCCAAACCAGUCGUGGGCACAGCAGCAGCAGCAGCAGCCGCAGUCGCAGGCCGACUGGGGCUUCUGGUCCCAGCGGCCGCAUACCGUUGGUGCGGCUGCAGGUGGUGGCGGGGGCAGCAGUGCCGCACGAGGCGAGGCCACGCAUGCUGCCACCGCACACCACAGCAGCAGUAGCAUCCCAGGCCCCGCCUCGCGCGCCGCCGCCCCGCUCUUUUUCGUCAACCUCGGGCCCACGCAGCCACCACACUCGCAACUGUCACAGCAACCGCAGCAGCAAGCAGCGGUCAGCGGGCAUUUGGCAGCAAGUUCCGAUGUGAGUGUGCUAGGACUGGCAGGCCUCGGCGCCGACGUCACAGGCAACACAGCUCCCACGGUGAUGGUGGCGGACAGCAGCAGUAGGCCGCUCACGGCCGGCGGCGGCUUCGCCAUCCACCAGCCCGGCCCGGCGCCGCCUGAUGUGUUCCGGCUGCCCACCCGCGGUGGCGCGGCUGCAGGCGCAGCAGCAGCAGCAGCAGCUGCUGCUGGCGGGGAGGAGGCUGCCGAAGAUGGGAGUACGCUUGCUUGGGUAUCGCCUGCACGGCCUGAUGCUGGCGGCCUGCUGGCAGCAGCAGCAGCUGCUCAGCAGCGUCAGCACCAGCACCAGCUAACGGUGGCGGCGGCUAUGUCCCCAAGUCCUCUAGCACCGCCUCCGCAGCAGCAGCCUCCACCGCAGCUGCCACAGCAGCCUGCACCGCCUCCGCAGCAGCAGCCUCCACCGCAGCAGCCCCAGCAGCCUGCACCUCCACAGCCCCAGCAGCCGCCACCUCCGCAGCCGCAGCAGCAGCCGCAGCCGCCUGCACCUCCACAGCCGCAGCAGCCGCCACUGGCGGGCAGGGUGCUGUCCUGGCGGUCCACUGGGAGCCCCCUGCACCCGGCAGUGCUGGCCAGCCACCGCGCCGGGGCCGGGGCAGGGGCCGGUGUGCAGGCAGAGGUGCUGCCCCAGGCCGGGGUGCAGGCGGAGGAGGCGGAUGAGGAGCUGGAGGAGUUGGAGGAGUUGGAGCUGGUGCUGCUGGGCUGCCUGGAUCUGAAGCAGCGGCUACGGGAGCUGCAGCAGCCCGGCGGCGGCAAUGGUGGCGCUGGUGGCACUGGUGGCGCAGCAGCAGGGCGGGGUGGCCGACAGCAGGGCGGUGGUGGGCUGCUGGGUGGUGGUGGUGGGGGUGGUGGCGGUGGGGGUGGUGGCGGUGCGGGUGGGGUGUUGGGUGAGGGCCAGAGGAAGCUGGCUGCGGAGGUGGAGGUGGAGGCGGGGCGGUUGCGGGCAGAGCUGGCGGAGCUGCGACCACUGGUGGAGCACGCACACGCAAGGUUGCGGCAGCUGCGGGGAGCUGAUGCUGGCGGGUAGCAUCUUACGUACGUGGGGUAGCAUGAGCGCCUGAUGCGGUAGUGCUCACUGGACAUAAUGGACACACACGCCGCGCGGUCGCCAAAGUGCCAAAGACAGGGCCAGCAUGAGGCGAUGCCGCCCUGGACUCUUGCUCGACGUGUGUACGGUUAUAAACACUUUA